AUGAGCAGCAAUGAGGUAGUAACAAGGGUUGAAUGUGGGUGCUGUGGCAUGUGGGAGGAGUGCACCAUAGGCUACAUUGGGUGGGUCAAGGAGCAGUUCGGUGGCACGUGGGUGUGCGGCCUGUGCGAAGAGGCAAUCAAGGACAAGCAGGUCCGGCUCGGAGUGGGCAUUGAAGCGGCGCUGCGGCUCCAUGCCACGUUCAUGGAGGCCACGAACAUCGACCCCACAGUCCAGAUUGUGCGGUCCAUGAUCGAGCUGCUCAAGAAGUUCAUGUCCUCCAAUUCUUCUAAGGAGACAAUCAUUAAUAGCUUAUAG